AUGAGCACAUCAGCGCUUACUUGUAAGCCUCGCCUAGCGUGUCCGCCUACCAUUCUCAAAGCGUACAAGAAUGGCGAAUUCACGGAUUUGACUAUAAUCUGUGGCUCGCUCGCCUUCAAGGUGCACGCCGUUGUUGUCUGCACGGCAUGCGACUUCUUCCUAAAGAGCCUAAAGUUUGCUGCUGGCAAAGAAGCCGAAUCAAAAUGCAUCAACCUUCCAGAAGACGACCCUGAGAUGAUCCGGCGCCUGAUCGCGUAUCUAUAUCUUGGGGAUUAUGACCCCAACAGCGGCAUGUCGCUGGCACAAUUCGGAGCCAUCGCCCAGCAUGAAUCCACCUCAGCAACCAAUCCAACCCACCACUACCGUAGAGGCGCUUUUGGCGUGUCGGUCACUGAUCCAUGCGCGUGUCUCGCGCCCAAUGCGAAAAACACAGAACAGCCCGUCGCAAAGGAGACGGAUUCGCAACAGGACUACAAGGUCUACGAGAAGACGGCGAAUGCGGUCGAGGUUGCAAAUCCGCUGACUAUUCAUGCGUCCAUGUACGCGCUGGGUGACAAGUACCAAGUCGAAGGGCUGAGCAGUCUUGCGAAGGAGAAGUUCGAGUGUUGUCUUCAUCAUCAUGCGCAGACGGAGGAUUUCAUCGCUGCGGUGCAGAUUGCGUACAGCACCACGCCUGAUUCGAAUCGCGGGUUGAGAAAUAGUGUCAUGGAGGCUUUUCGAACGCACUUCCAGACUGACAUCGCGUCGAUACCAGGUGCAGAGGCGAAGCUGGAUUCGAUUGACGAACUGUCGUUUUUGCUCAUCAAAUCCUGGCCACAGAAAAUUGAGGCUCCAAAUCGCGCGGUCAAGUCUGCGAGCGGUGCAACACAAUUUGGCUCGGUGAGUUCAUCCAACACGAGAGCAAAUCCCAGCGAACAUGCACCUCCACCAUACAACGACAUCGAAGGCCUGCUCACCACUCCAAUUCUCACAAUCGAUGAAGCAAAAGACGCGGACGAGCGGUCGGACUACAGCUAUUGUCCCGACUGCGACUCCUUCGACUGUGAACGAGGAACUUUCGUACUCACCACCAUGAAGCGCGACCACCGCGGCUUCUACGCCUUCUGCUGCUUCUGGUGCGCCGUUGCAGUCUGCAUCCUUGGCGCGUUUGGCAUAUUCUUCACCCUGGAUCUGGUCUUUUCGCAGUUUGGCAUGGGGACUGGGCUGGCGAUGUGGAUGAUUCGCGGGAACCCGACGGGCGAGCAGUGGAAGCUUCGAAUCGAUGAUGAGAUCCUGUUCGGGGAUGAGCUUCCAGUGAAGACAGGCUAUGGCCGCGGCGAGAGAUUCUUGCACGUCGAGGAACAGGCUAAGGGAGACGACCUCGCAGAAGAAUCGACUGCUGGGUGGUUGAGCACUUACGAUCCGGUGGACCCAGAAGAGACUCAUGAGUAG